UGCCGCUGCUGUCUAGCGAGAAGGCGUGCAUGUGGGAUGCCGAUGCAGGACGGUUCGACGUAACGAUUCCGUGGUUACGGUUCUGCUGCACCGAGACCGCUGCCGAGAAAUGCCAACGGUUUCUAGCAGCCCUCAAUGACAGCUGUCCGCCUGUGACACAGCGCGUGUUAAACAAGGUCACCGCGAUGCAUGCGCGCUGGAGGCAGACGUUGGACACUCCUUAUCAGCGGGCGGGCAUUCUCGGUUUUCUUCAGAUGUUCAACGGGGUACGUGGCGACGGCAUUCCGCAAUGCUGGGAUCAAAUCGACUUGCGGCAACUGGACUGCACGGUGUUGAAUAAGCUGACCUUCGCUGCGCUGGACGCUUAUUAUAAAAACUGACGCAGCGCUUCUUCUGCCGCAAUUUUUGAUAAUCGGCGCGUACUUACAAGGACAUUUAACACAGUAUCCACAACAAAAAGA